GGGAACGUGACCGCUUGCCAGUCUGUGCGUCGAUUGCACAACUUUCCACAAGCCAAAAACUCAAGGUCCAAGCCAGAGUAACUCUCUCUCCUUAGAGGUGCUAGCUGACAUAAAAGGAACAGGUCGUGUUGUAAAGAAAAAUCAGAAGGAUGGGAGACUGGUCGUUUCUGUCCAAACUUCUGGACAAGGUUCAGGCUCACUCCACAGUCAUCGGGAAGAUAUGGAUGAGCGUGCUCUUCAUCUUCAGGAUUUUGGUCCUGGGUGCGGGGGCCGAGAGCGUGUGGGGGGAUGAGCAAUCGGGGUUCAUCUGUAACACCCAGCAGCCCGGCUGCGUGAACGUCUGCUACGACCACGUCUUCCCCAUCUCCCACAUCCGCUUCUGGGUCAUGCAGAUCAUCUUCGUGGCCACCCCAACCCUGAUGUACCUGGGACAUGCCCUGCAUGUCAUCCACCAGGAGAAGAAGAUCCGGCAGCAGCUGAAGGAGCACAAAGAGAACGGCACCCUAAAGACCCCCAAGUACACCGACGACAGGGGCAAAAUCAAGAUCAGAGGCAACUUGCUAUGCAGCUACAUGACGCAGCUGCUCUUCAAAAUCCUCUUUGAGACGGCCUUCAUCGUGGGCCAGUAUUACCUGUAUGGCUUUAUUAUGGUUCCCAUGUUUCCUUGCUCCAGGAAACCUUGCAAGUUCACGGUUGAGUGCUACAUGUCCCGGCCGACGGAAAAGACCAUCUUCAUCAUCUUCAUGCUGGUGGUGUCGUGCGUCUCGUUGGCCUUGAAUGUUGCCGAAAUCCUUUACCUGCUGUGCACUAGAGUGAAGUGCAGACGACGACGGCCGGUCCAGAAGCAGCAGAAGAUGUACACAAAGUAUCCCGACGGCUCCGCCUCGCUUAGCUGGCAGAUGCCGGUGGACCGUGAGGAGGGCAGCCGGCAGAACGAGAUGAACCUUAAGCGGGAGAGUGAUCAGAGUCGGCUCCAGAGUACAGACGGCAGCUUGGAUGGGUCAAAGGAGGAGAAAACCCUGCUGAGCAGCCACUGAGUGUAAAGCAGCGAGCAGGUGUGUCUCUCCUCAAAGUGUGAAAUAUUUAAUGUGCCGGAAAUUCAGUCACACCAUAGCAUCCAUCCUACAAGUCACUGACUUUAUUAUUCAGCUGAAAUCAAACAAAUGCAAAAAGAUGUUGUUUUUUAUUUUUAUUUUAAAAGAAAAUAUUGCAUUUCAACAAGUAGUGCAAUAUAGAUGUUAGAUCCGUUACACUGUACAUGCACACUUGCUACAAGUACAAAUUUCAAUAUUUAACAAUGUCCUGUAUUUAUAUAAACAUGUAAGUAAUAUGAUAAUUCAAUAAAACUCAUUGACUACAAAA